CGCCAUGACGUUAUAAGGCUGCGUCUGUGAUUCGGCUGAAGAGAGAGUGUCCAAACACACAGAAACAUGGCGGUUAUUAAAGAGGAGACUGAAGACUUCAGGAUUGAAGAAGUGUUCAGUCUCAAACCAGAAGAUUUCGAGGAACUAACAGCUUUAGACCUGACGUCAGUUAAAGAGAAUGAAGUGCUGAAUGAAAUGGAAGAGAAAGAUCAGUAUGAGAACCAUCACGAUUUCACAACUGAAGAAAAAUCUUUUAAUUGCUCGCAGACUAAAAAGACUUCCUCACGAAAAAGAGUUAAAAAAGCAAUAGGGACUGGAAGUUGUUUAACCUGCUUUCAGUGUGGAAAGCUUUUCACUCAACAUGGAAACCUUAAAGCCCACAUGAAAAUUCACAAAGGAGAGAAGCCUUAUACUUGCCAACAGUGUGGAAAACGUUUCAACCUAAAAUUAAACCUUAGUCAGCACUUGAGAGUUCACACUGGAGAAAGGCCCUUCACCUGCCAGCAGUGUGGAGUACGUUUUACUCAAAAAGGAAGCCUUAACACGCACAUGAGAAUUCACACUGGAGAGAAGCCUUACUCAUGCCCUCAGUGUGGAAAGAGUUUUGAUCAACAUGGAAAUCUUAAAGUCCACAUGAGAAUUCACACUGGAGAGAAACCUUUCACCUGCCAACAGUGUGGAAUAAGUUUCACUCAAAAAGUACUUGAAGAACACAUGACAAUUCACGUUGGAGAAAACCCUUUCACCUGCCAACAGUGUGGAGUAAGUUUCACUCAAAAAGGAAGCCUUAACACGCACAUGAGAAUUCACACUGGAGAGAAACCUUACUCAUGCCCUCAGUGUGGAAAGAGUUUUGAUCAACAUGGAAAUCUUAAAGUCCACAUGAGAAUUCACACCGGAGAGAAACCUUACUCGUGCCCUCAGUGUGGAAAGAGUUUUGAUCAACAUGGAAAUCUUAAAGUCCACAUGAGAAUUCACACUGGAGAGAAACCUUACUCAUGCCAACAGUGUGGAGUAAGUUUCACUCAAAAAGUAGUUCUCAAUAAGCACAUAAAAAUUCACACUAGAAAAAAGCUUUAUACAUGCCAUCAGUGUGGAAAGAGUUUCGAUCAAAAUGAAAAGCUUGAAGAACACAUGAGAAUUCACGUUGGAGAAAACCCUUUCACCUGCCAACAGUGUGGAGUAAGUUUCACUCAAAAAGGGAUUCUCAAUAGGCACACAAAAAUUCACACUGGAGAGAAGCCUUUUACCUGCCAAAAGUGUGGAAAGAGUUUCAAUCAAAAAGAGAUCCUUAACAGGCACAUGAGAAUGCACACCAGAGAGAAAGAGUUUCAGUCAACAUAGAAACCUUAAAUUCAGAUGAGAAUUCAUACUGGAGAGACCUUUUACCUGCCAACAGUGUGGAAGUUUCGGCAAAAGUUUACUUUGAAAAAUGAAUCCAUAUCUGGCUCAUGAGAACUCACAACAGAAAGAAGCAAUUUACAUGUGAUCAGUGUGGAGUUUCAGAUAAACAACCCUUAAGCUCAAUCCUUGAGGAUUCAUUCCAGAGAGAAUGUCAUCAAAGUGGUAGGAGUUUCACAUACGGGAAAGACUUUGGAGUCAUGUAAUAACUCUCAUCUGGGAGAGGUCUUACAUGGGAUAUCACUGUGGAGAGACUUGCAGAAACAAAGCAAAUCUUGAGGUUCACACUGGAGAUAAAGAGUGGAGAUAAGAGUUUCAGCCUUAAAGGAAACUUGAACAUUCACAUGAGACUUCACACUGAAGAAAGGUAUUUCACAUGUCUUUGGAGUGACAAGUUGCAUAUAUCAAAGAUACCUGAAAUGUUGAGUGCUGCUCAGUGUGGCAAAAGGUUUACCAAAAAAAACAAUUUCAGUAAUCAGUUGUGCAUUCGUUCUCAAGGAAGACAAUUUAACAAAUGUGAGACCCUAUUUGUGUUUUUUGUGAUGUUAUUACUCAUUACAUUUAAAAUGGGUUUUCACUAGUUGUUACACACCCCAAGUUUGGGACCAGCUUAAGCCUUGCAAAAAGAAAAAAAUGUUGCAAUAGCCAGGGUGAAAAGAUAAACAAGAAUGAAUAUGAACAUAUUUUUACAUCCCAGAGCAUAAUAUUAUUUGUUGUUGUUUUAUAUUUUGAUUGCCAUUCUAUGGAUAUACAGUUGUGAUCAGAAAUAUUCAACCCCCUCACCUCAAAAGACAUUAUGGUAAUGUCAAUGAACAAUAAUGACAAUAAAUGACAGAAAAACCUCAAACAACAAAAAAUAUUUAUUGAUACAUAUUUGAGUUAAUUUGACAGCAGACGUUGACUU